AUGGUAACGGUACCCUUAAUCAUCAACGGCAAGGAAGAAGUCCCCUCAUUUACCUUUGACGUGGUCAGCCCCUAUACGAAUCAAACGUGCUGGUCCGCUGCCGCAGCCACCCCGCACGAUGCCCUUUACGCCGUCGAAGCCGCCGAUGCUGCCUUUCUCGCGUGGUCGCAGACAAACCCUAUAGUGAGACGAGAUCUCCUACUCAAGGCUGCGGAACUACUGGAGCAGCGCCUUGAGCAGAAUGCCGAGUACAUGCGCAUCGAGAUGGGCGCAGAUGUAGGUGCUUCGCAAGGAUUCGUUGUGCCGCUGGCUAUUCGCAUGCUGCGCGAGGUCGCUGGCCGCGUCACCUCGAUUUGUGGAAGGGUCCCUGUAGUAGAAGCCGAAGGUCAGAGUGCAAUGGUCUUCAAGGAGCCGAUGGGUGUUAUUCUCGGUAUUGUGCCGUGGAACGCGCCCUACGUCUUCGGUAUCCGAUCCGCUGCUUGUGCUCUCGCCGCCGGUAAUACUACCAUCUUGAAAUCCUCUGAGUUGACCCCGCGCUGUUACUGGGCCAUUGGCCGUGCCUUUGAAGACGCCGGUCUGCCCGCAGGCUGCAUCAACAUCUUGCACUGUCGCCCACAAGACGCCGCCGAGGUGGUGAACACCAUGAUCGAACACCCUGCCGUCCGCAAGAUAAAUUUCACCGGCAGUACGGCGGUAGGCCGUAAGAUUGCGAGGUCGUGCGGGCAAAACCUGAAGCCAUGUCUGAUGGAGCUAGGCGGGAAGAACAGUUCCAUCGUGUGUGCUGACGCGGACAUGACGAUCGCCGUGCAGGGCGUGCUUGCUGGUGCAUUUUUGAACUCCGGCCAGAUCUGCAUGGCAACCGACCGCAUCCUCGUUCACUCCUCCAUCGCACUAGCCUUCACCGAAGCCCUGAAAGCCUCCCUCGCCGGCGCAGACCCCUCCGCCCUACCCCCGACUCUCGUAAACACUGCCUCUAAGAACCGCGUCGAAGCACUAGUCUCGAGCGCCGCAGCCUCAGGCGCACAUUUCAUCUCCGGCUCCGCAGAAACAAAGAUCCCCACCGAUGCAGGCGUGCGCCUAGCCCCAGCUAUUCUGGGCGGCGUGAAAGAAGACAUGGCCGUGUGGCAAGAAGAAGCCUUCGCCUCGGUAGCCGCGUGCAUGGCAUUCGAAACCGAGGACGAGGCGAUCCACCUGGCGAAUAGCAGCGGAUACGGACUAUCGGCGUCAGUGUUUACAGAAGAUCUGCGGAGGGGAUUGGCGAUGGCCAAGAAGAUCCAGUCUGGUAUGACUAUUCAUGAUGAGCCUGUUCUUCCUCAUGGUGGGGUGAAGAAUAGUGGUUGGGGGAGAUUUAAUGCAGAGGAGGGGUUGAAUGAGUUUUUAUCGACUAAGAGUGUGACUUGGAUGGACUAG